CGCGGGCGAAAACUGUGUUCAGCCACCUUAAAAACUUUUGAAUAGGGACACUUGUGAAACAAAAGCUCGAGCAUUUCUAUUUCCAUACCGCUUCUCGUCGUGUGUGUCAUUGCCAGUUCUCGAAAAAAUUAAAUAGUGGCCUCACACAGCACCGGAAUUUUCUCUCGUCAGUUGUCUGGGCUGUAGGGAGUAUAAAAGAAGGGAGUAAGUCUUGACGAUACAGGACCGUAAAGGCUGAAAUCUGAGAGUGUGUAUGACUUGACAAGGUCACUUGUAGAUAGGACACUAAAAAGGGAUUAUCAGAUGUUCUGCUCCAGCACCGACAUGUAAAAAUGUUCUAUUUCCGUAGGUAAGCGCAGCUGAUCAUUCAAGCUUGUUUACAUAAAAGCAUUUCGAUACGCUUGGCGAACUUUAACAUUGCAUGAUCAUGUAAUCAUCUUUCAAACAAACAUCAAAGUUAUUUUAAAGCCAACGAGAGAUAAUUGGAAAUAAUGUGCUGUAAGAUACUUCGCAACGAAUUCCGUCUCGUUCAGGCCCGUCUAUUGUAUCCAAAUGCAGAGGACUUUGUUCAGUCACCGUGGUUUGGCACGCUAUUUGUCCUAUUGUAGCGUUUCUUCAUUGCCGUCUUCUGCACGGGAUGGACGAUAGCGAGCAUGAUUCUUUUUAAUGAUUGGUUUAUUUGGUUAAGCAACUGGAGCUUUUAUUUGGUCUCGGUGUAUUUUAUUACUGCGACCAUAGUAACGGCUGUCCAUUACAAUAGAGAUCGCAGAACAAAAGGAAACAACGCCAUACAUGAUGAAAAAGAUCCCGGUGGUGACUCAUUCAAGGAAAUGAAUGAUCGUACUUCAGAAAGCAAGGGAGACAUAAACAUCCAUUUAAAGGGAGGAUCCAACGUAAAUUCAAAAGAUGCAGAGGUCAUCUUCACCGCUGGAUCUCAGUCUCCAAGCGUCACGCCAAUGGCCUGGUUCCAUGAAGCCUUGUGGGUAAUUUACAAUAUAGCAGCUAAUGCGGCUCUCCUCGUGACUAUAUCAUUCUGGACUUUGAUUUACGGCUUAGGCAUCAAUAAUAAAGUAACUCCUUAUGGAAUUGUUGUACACGUGAUUAACUCAAUAGUAAUAAUUGCGGAUACCAUACUGACAUCGAUGCCCGUUCGUUUGUUGCAUAUUGUUUACCCAAUGCUCUACAGCAUAACCUACAUCAUCUUCACAGUGAUUUACUGGGCGUCCGGCGAUGGCAUGCGCUAUGUCUACCCCCAGACUGACUACACAGGGAGACCAGUCUUCUCCGCUCUAUCGAUCGUGGGACUUCUACUUAUUGGCCUUCCAUUAUGUCAAAUUAUCUUUUUUUGCUUCUAUCGCAUUCGGGUCUGGAUGAAAGCCAGAUGGGGCCUUUGUUCGAGUUAAAAUCCCUGGAUUCAGCUUGUGGACUUUUCUUUCAACUGCAUGCCGUUCAGGCCAAGACGGUUUUUUCGCUGUUAGGGUUAAAAUAACAGUGAUUUUAAGGUGCCUUUUUAGCAAAGGCACAAACUGUCCUGUGGUACUCCGUUUGGGUGCUGCAAAACGACUCCUGAUUAUACUGUUCAACCCAAAACCUAGAUAACCUUCUGUUUAUCAUAGUAGGACCAUGCAAGCUUUGAUAUCAAAGUAUGUAUAAGCCUAUUUUUGUAAAGUACUUCUCAAGUCAAUGUAACACUCAAGCCAUCCAUUCUUUCGGGUGUAAUGUUCUUCAUCUACGUCCAAGUGAUGGUACUCAAUAUUACUGCUAGAAAAAAAUUAUAUCUUUGCUCUUUGGCUGUAAUUAAAUGCUUGCGGAGUCAACUCUGCAAAUAUGUGCUUA